AUGAUUCGUCUUUAUAAAAUUUCCUCUCUUUUUUCCAUAAAGGAAACUGUGAUGUUACUGUUGGGAGGUUUUAUUAUGGCCGCCGCUGUGGAAGAAUGCAAGUUACAUGAGAGAAUAGCCCUUAAGAUUUUACUCACAAUUGGAACCGAAAUAAAAUGGUUAAUGUUAGGAUUCAUGAUUUCAACAAUGUUCGUCUCGAUGUGGAUAAGCAUUACGGCCACGUGUGCUUUGAUGUCUCCGAUUGCAGAAGCUGUGCUAAAAAGGAUAAACACACCAAUUAAGCGAAAUAAGCUACUCAGCAGGGAACUUACAAAGAACUUAGAAGGAUCAGACACAUCUUUAACUGAAAGUGUAUUAGACGACCACGAAAAUGCAGACUUCAAACAUCUUGAAAGCCACACCAUCAGAGUCACUCUUUUCCUAGGUAUUUGUUAUGCAGCUAAUUUAGGUGGUACCGGUACAAUUAUAGGGACAUCCACAAAUAUGGUGUUUAAAGGAAUGCUUGAAGA